UGGCGCAACGAACCAGCAGUGCAGUUGGGGCGAUAUCAACCAGUUGUUACCGUACUUUUCGAGCGUUCGCCUGGCAGUGUGUUUUCGAGCUCAGGAUGAGACAGUUUACUUCAGUGCUUGUGUGCGCUUUUGCGCUGUUGGCUUUCGUGGGGGCCGAAGAGAAUGCAUCAACUUCCGAAGAGAAUGGUGUCGUUCCGACGCGAGACAACUCGCUGAACGAAAUGGUGAUCGAGUUCCUGGAGAACUUUAAGCAAACGAUGGUCUGUGGCAACCCGGCGAUGGGCAUUCCCGUGUUGGCCCCAUUUCAUCUCGAUCACUUCGAGAUCGACGUCGACGAGAAGGGACUCAAGUUCAAGGGACAGGUGGAUGACGUUAGUAUCGAUGGGUUGAACGAAUUCGAAAUCAAAAAGAUCGACAUUAAGAUGCUGAAGCUGCAGAUGGACUUUGAAUUCUUCUUCGGCUCGAUCCGCUCCAAGGGCCAUUACAAGGUGAAGGGCAAAACGAUGAGCUUGUUCCCGUUCAAUCGCUCUGGUCGCUUCCGAUUCAAUGCGAAUGGACUCACUCUGAAGGGUAGCGUAAAGGUUGGCCUCAACGGCGAUAAGAUCGAAAUUCGCGAGCUUCUCGUGACUCCGACGAUUAAGUCGGUCAAAUCCGACAUUAAAAACGCAUUCUUGGUUCCGUUCAGCAAUUUCAUCUUCAAUCGCAUUGUAGAGAGUGUUGUGCCCAACUUGAUCAACGACAACCAACCGGCGAUCACCGAGUUGAUCGAGCAAAGCCUCAAACCGCUAAUCAAUGGAAAACUGGGUGACUUGUCGCUACAGGACUUGAUCGAUAUGGUGACCAACGGUGGUGGUGAAUCUUCACCUGUCACCUGCUAAAGGAGACGGGUUGGUCCGCUCCUUCAAACAUUACCGCCGACCUUGGUUUACUUAUCUGAAUCGUAUCGAUUAUUUUUGUUAGGGGUUUCGAAUGUUCCUCGUAAAAAAAUCUACCGUGAUGAGAUAGAUAGAUGUGAUAGCCGUAAUAAGACUGCAUAGACAAUUGAUUAAAAAAUUGAAA